GGACCACGUGGCGGCGCUAGGACCCGGGCGGCCCCGCGGGGACAGGGGAGGGGCGAGCGGACGCGACCCGCCGCGCCGAGGCGCUCGGCAGAGCGGGGAGAGCGGGGAGAGCGGGCGGCGGACGGGAGAGAGCGCGGGGAUCUGCACGGCGGAGCGCGGCCGUGACUCAGGGAACCCUCUUGAUCUGCAUCAUGGGAGCAGUGGUAGUUGAUGAUGGUCCGUCUGGUGUUAAAGCUCCCGAUGGAGGCUGGGGCUGGGCUGUCCUUUUUGGCUGUUUUAUCAUCACGGGAUUCUCCUAUGCCUUUCCAAAGGCGGUCAGUGUCUUUUUCAAAGAACUCAUCCGGGAAUUUGGCAUUGGAUACAGUGACACCGCGUGGAUCUCCUCCAUUCUGUUGGCCAUGCUUUAUGGAACAGGUCCGCUCUGUAGCGUGUGCGUCAAUCGCUUUGGCUGUCGCCCGGUCAUGCUGGUAGGUGGCCUUUUUGCCUCCAUGGGGAUGGUGAUAGCCUCCUUCUGCACGAGCAUCGUUCAGAUCUACCUCACCGCAGGGGUGAUCACCGGUUUGGGUCUGGCACUCAACUUUCAGCCUUCGCUCAUCAUGUUAAACCGUUACUUUGACAAACGCCGACCCUUGGCCAACGGGUUGUCUGCUGCUGGGAGCCCAGUGUUCCUUUGCGCCCUUUCACCGCUGGGGCAGAUACUACAACACGAGUAUGGCUGGAGAGGAGGAUUCCUUAUACUGGGUGGGAUGCUGCUCAACUGUUGUGUUUGUGGAGCAUUAAUGAGACCUCUGGAGCCACCCAAAAAAUCUGAAGCUACCAAAGAAUCUUCUGAGAAGAAGGCAAAGAAAAAACUCCUGGAUUUCAGCGUGUUUAAAGAUGGUGGUUUUGUGAUCUACACGCUAGCGGCAUCUAUCAUGGUGCUUGGCCUCUUCGUUCCCCCAGUUUUUGUUGUGAGUUAUGCCAAGGAUUUAGGGAAUCAUGACACCAAAGCAGCUUUUCUUCUGACGAUUCUGGGAUUUAUUGAUAUCUUUGCUCGUCCAAUUUGUGGAAUGGUAGCUGGUCUCAAGUGGGUUAGACCGCGCUGUGUCUACCUCUUCAGUUUUGCUAUGAUUUUUAAUGGCUUUACAGAUCUCAUGGGCUCCAUGUCUGUUGAUUACAGUGGCCUGGUGGUCUUCUGCAUUUUCUUUGGCAUUUCUUAUGGAAUGGUAGGUGCUCUUCAGUUUGAAGUUCUCAUGGCUAUUGUUGGCACUCAGAAGUUUUCCAGUGCUAUCGGCUUGGUGCUCCUGGCAGAAGCAAUGGCAGUUCUCAUCGGUCCACCAUCAGCAGGAAAGCUCUUGGAUCUAACACGGAGGUACAUGUUUGUCUUUAUUAUUGCUGGAAUUGAAGUUACCACCUCAGCGCUGGUAUUGGCCUUGGGAAAUUUCUUCUGCAUUAAGAAAAAAACAGAAGAACCACACACAAAAGAAGCAGCAGCAGAAAGAGAAGAAUUAAACAAAUCGGAAGACAAAACUCCCGAGGAUGCCAAGGUGGACUCUAUUGAGGUGGAGCAGUUCCUAAAAGAUGAGCCUGAAAAGAACGGCGAGGUCGUAACUAACCCAGAAACCUGUGUGUGAGCACGGCACAAAACCCGCACGGCGUUUAGAAGAGGCUCAAACAGAACCUCACCACUAUUUAUUUUAGGAAUAGAACUAGCUUAGGGCUGGGCCGUCUGCUUUAUUAACUGGAGGCCGGUCAGCUCAUCAGGUCUCUCUGGAAGCUGAUUUACUAGACAACCUUCUAUCAGAACAUUAGCUUUAUCAGUGAAAGGUGAAACGUUGUGGUUAUACUUUUAAUGUAAAACAAACAAAAAAAAAGCUUUUCUGAACACAAGUAGAGUCUUGCCAUGCAUCACCAGAAACUGCUCACUUGGCAGAGCUAGAGGAAGGCUUUAUUAUGUGUACGCUUUCAGAUAAUACGGGUGAUAUUGCUGUGUUGUGUGGCUCAAUGUAAUUUCCCUUUCAGUGCUUUUUUGGGAAGGGGAAAGAGUUUGAGAUGGAGAAAAAUCUCAGGAACUUCAAGGUCUCCAUUAGGUCUUUGAAUUUCUUACUUUUUUUAGACUUUCAGAUUAAUUGGCUCAGUCCUAGUAUAAUUUUGAUAAUACCUGUUACUUUUGGUUUAUGCAAAUGUAUUUCUAUGAGUUUUGUCUAAACCUGUAGUCUUUGUAAUUGUCAUCUGGAAACACUGUACACAGAAAGGCACAUCGCAGGCACUGCCCUCAGCUGGUCACACCAGCCCUGUUCUUAGGGAAUGCUAAAAGGAAAAUAAAAUGAGUAGAAUCCAUCCCAGCAGACAAUAAGCAAAGCUCAUCUCCAUUCAUACACACUGCGCUCAGUACAGUUUCCCUGCAGCACUGAGAAACCUUACAGGUAUCAUCCAGAGGAAGGACACGGGGCUUAGCAGAAUCUUCUGGUCUGUCUGUCCUGUCGAUAAAUUCCAACUGGCCAGGUUACAUCUGUCAGACAUGUGGCUACUGGGUAACUUAGGGGGAAGGUUGGGACUACUUUGAAAUGAGUUGCUGUUACAUCUUUAACAUGCAACGUUAGCAACACAUGAAAAACUCGAUGGAUUUCUUCCUUUAAUGUUUGAUUUACCCCACUGACCUCUGCUUUAUUCAUCUAUUGAAGUUCAGAGGGUCGUUCUGGUUGCUUAUGAUGAUGGAUGGAACUGCUGAUCAUGUAUGUGAUGGCGCUAAAUGAGAGCUCGUCAAGAGCUGGGCCUGCUCUGCCACCUGUUUGCUACACAAAGGUGCUGUGCAGUCCUUACAUCGUGUCUGACAUCAGAUGAGGGAAGGGGAAGUAACAACAGAUCUGACAAGGCAGGGUCAGCACAGAUGGAGAAAUGCAGAAAGGGAAAGGAUUCACUGUAAGCACUCUGAAUAGGAAAGGAAGGUAAAAAGGCAGGCAUUCUCUAUUGCAUGUAUAAAAAAACCAGUAUGUCCAUUCUACAUUUUUCUCCCCACGAACACAUUGAAAAUACGUAAUAUUUUCUAUCAAAUGGAUGCUAUUUCAACCCAGUUUUCAGAUAUGUGUAUAAAAAGACCUGUGGGAUUGAUGAGUGCAGUUACAAUCUUCAAAACAGGCUUAAUCCUGGAUUCUAUUUUCUUCUCAGUAGGGAUUCUAAGGCAGCACAGGAAAGAAAUAUCACGAGCUGUCCCACAUGUGAUCACUUUAGCAGAUACAGCACAACCAAGGAAGGGCCAAAACCACAACCCAUGGGGUUAUUUUGGAUACCAGCUUCCACUCCACUAACUCUUUCACAUUGGUUUUGCAUCAUUAGGACAAAUUUAAAUCUUAGGAACACCAUUUUAUUUUUUUUUUUGGUAUCGAUUUUCAACAGAAAUGGAUGCUGCACUCAAUAAAAUGGUUAUUUUUUAUAUUGGAAAUAGUGCAGUCCUCUUUCCUUUUUCUCUCCCCUGCCUUGACUUCCUUUGUAGGAACCCUCCAGCUGUGCCAGAUGCUCUGCCUGCACAACCAUGUCUCAGUGUUAGGCUGUGUUGGGGCUUCUGCCCUAUUGCUUCUACAGCCAUAGCAAAACAGGCCUUCACAUUCAGCUCCUCCUGACCUAAGGUGUAAAAAAACCAACCCCCAAACCCCCAAACUAACACAUACCACAUACUAUAAGAAGGAUUAUAUCUGAGCCCUUCAGUGAGAUCAGCCUGCUUUGUAUGAAUUUCACUCUGCUUAUUGCAAACUCACAAGGACUUGCAUUCAAACUCCUUCAGGUCUUUGGGUACAGUAUUGCUUUAAUCUCAGCUCUGUUGAGAUAAGCCCUGAAUUCCCAACACCCCUCAGUGCUCUUUGGAAGGAAUAGGUGGCCAGUCCAAGAAUGGCUGAAGGGGGGAACAGUUUGUGUGCAGUGCUGCACAACAGAGAUGUGGAUGAACCCUCCUGUGUUCAGCCUUCACCUCCAUAAUGUUCUAUGACUUGGGUGGAAGGCAGGUAGCUACACAGUGGAAUAACCCCAGGUCUCAAAGGCAAUGCGGUCAUUUGCUCUCCAUCAUGCACUGCUGGAACUGCAGUCAGAAACCCAGGUGCAAUAUAUCAAAGUCCAGUAAUCAAAAGCAUCUGAAAGAUUACAUUCAUAGAUUAUUUCUCCAAAACUGAUGAAGUUGUUCGGGCCUUUGAGCAUUCUAUGACUUGAGAUGAUAUGAAGGACCGAACAGAUUGUUAAUACAUUCAAACCCACCAAAUCAGGUGUUAGGUGAUAUCGAAUCAUCCUCUAACCCAACCACAUUUCACAAUGAUAGACUCCAAUGCACUCACGCCUUGGUUUUCUCCCUAGAAAAGCUUAAAUCUGGUAGAAUCUGCCCCAGGCAGGAUUUGCAGGAGCAUGCAAACAUGACAUGUGACAAUGGUAAGUACUGAUGUGUGCACAUCCCUCUGUGUCCUGCAGCUCUCUUUGGGAUUACACUUUGGUUUUGUGCAACAAGGUGAUAUGUUUCCUGUUUAUGCACUUUAAUGUUACGUGUACGUUUAUACCUGGAUUUGUUUGAUGCUUUUCUAGUAAACUGUUGCAAAAAUA